ACACAAGCGACUCACAUGAGCCGCGUAGUUACAACUCCGUGGCUGUAGAACUAUCAACAUUAAAAAGACCCUUCAGUAUAUGCAUAUCCACAUUUAAUUUAACAUCUCACGUGUCAAGCUUCUCUUCAUUCAACAAAAAUGAGGGCUGGCGAUAAAGUAGAAUAUCUUAUUGUCGAUACCAGUGCUUUCAUUAGAAAUGCAGCUAUACAGGACAUUGCGACUACUAUAAUAACUGCUCAAGAAGUGGUAAACGAGAUCACAAACAAACGACAACUCAGAAGACUUGUCGUUUUACCAUAUGAUCUAAUUAUUAAAGAUGUUUUUCCAGAGAACAUUCAUUUUGUCACAGAGUUUUCAAAAAAGACCGGAGACUAUCGCAGCCUUUCAGCCACUGACAUUAACGUCAUUGCUCUGACAUAUCAGCUUGAAAAAGAAAAAGUUGGAACUCAGCACUUGAAGGAUAUUCCCACAACUUCUGUCGCUUCAAAUGUUAGCAUCAAGCCUCCCGAUGAUCACUCGCAAAACGUGGUUGGAUUCUUUUUACCUCACAAUGAUAAAGAACCUAAUGAGCCUGUGGAAAACUACGCAGCAAUGGGUGGGACAGAAACUAAAGAGUUGAAUACAGAUGAAUCAUCGAACAUAGAAGCUGCGCCAGCAGAUUGGCAUAAGAACACAAAACCUGAGCCAGAUGAUAUGUCUGACAGUUCGUCUGUAUCUGAUUAUGAGACUGCUUCAUCUGACAUGGAAAACACAGAGGAGGACAGCUUAGCCGAUAGAUUUGCUGCACUUAAAUGCAAGCCAGAAGAUUUAGAACUAGAACAGAACCAUGAUGUUGAUGAUAUUUUAGCACCAGCAACAAAAACCAAUGGUUCGAAUGACGAGGGCCAAGAAAGUGAGGAAGAGAACGAAAGUGAAGGUGAUGACGAAGGCUGGAUAACUCCCGGAAACAUUGUCAAAGUGAAGAAACAAAUGGACUCGGAUAUUCUUGAAGAAAAACCAGUUCGAGUGGCUUGUCUUACUACAGAUUUCGCUAUGCAGAAUGUCUUGAAACAAAUUGGUCUCCAAGUUGUGAGCUUAGAUGGAAGAGUAAUCAAACAGCUGAGAACCUUCAUAUUAAGAUGCUACACAUGUUUCAAAACUACUAGCAUUAUGACCAAGGAAUUUUGUCCCAGCUGUGGAAAUAAAACUCUAAAAAAAGUCGCAGUCUCAUUAGAUGAGAAUGGGAAACAACAAAUCCAUAUCAACUCCCGAAAGCCGCUUUCAACCAAGGGAAAAAAGUUUUCCUUGCCAACGCCGAAAGGUGGAAAGCACGUCAACUAUCCAAUUCUGUUUGAAGAUCAACCGAGACCUGAUGAGCGACCGACCAGAUUAGCUCGAACAAAAAAUGACCCAUUGAACGAUGAUUAUAUUGCUGGUUAUUCUCCAUUUGUUAUGCGCGAUAUAAAUUCCAAGUCGGCAAUGCUUGGGAUUAGAUCAGGCGCAGAUAUCAAGCAUUGGAUGAAUAAAAAUCCCAACCAAGCCAGAAGGAAAAGGAAAUGAUUAUACCGUGUGAAUAAUGUAUUUAACUAUUUGUUAGACACUUUUUUCAAUAAUAUCUAUGAGAAGUAAGAGACAUCGGUUGUAUCAUCAUUGAGAAUAGACAAGGUAGUACGUUAUUGUAGCUACAGCCAAUACUGUGUUGAGAUUAACCUGCAUAGUACAUGAGCGAGUGUGAGCUGAUGCUGCAGCUCUGCUUGCAUACUCCAUUUCAAUAUCACACAUUUCAUAAUAUAGAUGUGGAGUCAAACACAGUCAUGGUAUUCUGACAUCAGAAUUUAUUCUAUCAGUCAUUAUAUCGUUAUUAACUUCAUUAAAAUUAUGGUCUUUCGAAUUGCUUCGAAAACACCGUGUGACUUGGUAUCCGUUAUUCAUGAGUAGCUUAACAUCAUACCAAAUACUACAAAUUUUGUAUUCCUAAUGGUAUGACGCCAUGUUCCCCCUCCACUGUACGUACGUCGCGUGUAGCGCUUGCUGGUGGUUCAGGAGGUUAGCUAAAAAUUUUGGUGAAAACCAGAGAAGUGUUCAGCACUACUAUUCACUGGAAGUAAUUGUUGGCAAAAAUCGCAUCGAAACUAAUUUUCGAAACAAAACAAUCAAAAAAAUCAACGAUGACAAAUGUGACUAAAUUCCUGAAGAACAUCUAUCACGAUCCAUUUAAAUGGUCACUUGUGAAGAGCAUUGCUAUUUUCGGAUUAGGGGUUAAGAUCGCUUUAGAAUGUCAAGGAGUCGACUUAAUGCCGCCUAUUACUGCAUAGAUUAUUAAAUGAGUUCGUCACCGACGCUAUUCUACAUAAUUUUCUUGCUCUCACUGAUAAAAACUGAACCAACCAUCUGAAUUCAAUGCAUUUACUUUAUACCUUGUAAUAGCAUCCAAUAUAGUUUUACGCCCAACAGAACUUGACAUCAUUUGAAACAAUAAAUAAUUGAAUGUAUUAUAUUA